GAUUUUUCUUGUGUUUGCAAACUGCACAUUUGGCGGAGCAGCUGCGCCGUUCCAAACGCUGAUGCAUACGAAAAAGUAAACGUUUAAACCAGCAAAGAUAGCUACCUAGCGACAAGGAGCCGCUCAAUAUGUACAACGGCAUUGGCCUGACGACGCCGCGUGGCUCCGGCACAAAUGGACAUGUGCAGCGCAAUUGGGCAUUUGUGCGACCGGGCAAAAAGGACAAGGACUACCGUGCCGAAGAUGAUACCAAAAAGCUGGACGCACAGCUCAAUCGGCCGCCAAACAAGGAGAUACUUGAUCACGAUCGCAAGCGCAAGAUCGAGGUGAAGUGCAUUGAAUUCGAAGAAAUACUCGAGAAGCAAGGACGCACGCCGGAGGAGAUCAAGUCGCACGUGGACACGUAUCGCCAGAAAUUAAUGGGCCAAGGCAAAACCGAUUUGGCCAAGGAUGAAUUUGGACGCGUAGCCGUGCGUGAAACCCAUCAAAUCGCUGAGGCACAGCAGCAAAAGAACGCCAAGUUGCGCGAGGCCUUCAACAUAUCCGAGUACUUUGUGGAGGGCAGCAGCUUUGAUAGCGAUCGCAAAUCCAAGGAGGAUCUAGCCAAGAGUGUGGCGCUCCAAAAGGAACUGGACGCGCAGCGCGAGAGCCUCGCAGCGGCUGCGGCUGCGGCGGCGGCGACAGCAGCAGGUGGCAAAGACAAGGAGACGGGCAAACGAUAUGCGCUCCUGCGCACGCCCUCGCCGGAGGCAGCUGUCGGCGCUGGCAAAACGGAUGCACUGUUGGCCAACCAAAGCGGCGAUGAGCGUGUGCACGUGUCCAAGUCGGACAAAAAGAAGAAAAAGAAGCGCGCCAGGGAGAGUUCGGCGAGUCCUGAGCGUCGCAAGGACAAGAAGAAGAAGUCCAAGAAGCACAAGAAAGAGAGUAAGUCGAAAAAGAAGAAGUCCCGCAAGCGCAAAUACAGCGGCAGCGAUAGCAACGAUAGCGACAAGGAUAGCGAGGAUGAGCCCGAUAGCAGCGAUGCCGAGCGUGAGUUGAAGAGCGCGCGCAAGAAAGCCAAAAAGGAGAAGAAAAAACGCGACAAAAAGCUCAAGAAGAGCCAACGCGCACGUGCCAGCUCCACGGACUCGGCACGUUCCAACUCUCCGGCGCCCAAGGAUAAAAAGUCGGGCAAAUCUCGGGCGGCUGUUGUGGAUAAUGGCACGACUCCGGAGAAUCCGUUUCGCAGUCGUUCGCCCGAGCGACGCAAGGACAACAAGUCGCGUCGCAAUGACUCCUCGACGGAGAAACGGGAGCGCAGCGCUAGUCGCCGUCACAAAUCCAAGGAACGAACGACACGAACACCGCCACGCCGAGAGACUGAAAGGCAACGCUCCAAAGAACGAGAGCGUUCCAAGCCGAGAUUAGGCUCGAAGGAGCGCAAGCGUUCCAAGGAGAGGCGCAACGAGCGGAAAAGAUCAAAGGAUCGGCAACGGUCGCGCGGCAAAGAGCGUUCCAAAGAGCGCCAAAAGUCCAAGGACAGAGCCAGAUCGAAGGAGCGACAAAAGUCCAAGGACAGAGCCAGAUCGAAGGAGCGACUGAAGUCAAAGGAACGCCAAAGAUCAAAGGAGCGUCCAAAGGAGAAGCAGCGCUCGAAAGAGAGACUGCGCUCGAAAGAGAGACAGCGCUCCAAAGAGAGACUCCGCUCCAAAGAGAGAUUGCGCUCCAAAGAGAGACUGCGCUCCAAAGAGAGACUGCGCUCGAAAGAGAGACUCCGCUCCAAAGAGAGGCAGCGUUCUAAGGAGAGACCUCGCUCGAACGAGAGACUACGAUCCAAGGAGAGAUUGCGCUCCAAGGAAAGGCAGAGAUCAAAGGAGAGAGUGCGCUCCAGGGAGAGGCAGAAAGAACGCUCCAAGGAGCGGCAGAGAUCAAAGGUGAAGGAACGCUCCAAAGAGCGACAGCGUUCAAAGGAGAGAGUACGCUCCAAGGAGCGGCAGCACUCUAAAGAUAGACAGCGUUCCAAGGAGCGACAACGCUCAAAGGAGCGACAACGCUCGAAGGACAGACAGCGCUCCAAAGAGCGACAAAAGUCGAAGGAGCGACCACGUCAAGGCGAGGCAGCCAAGGAGCGCGGCCAAAGACGCGAGCGUAGCAAAGAGCGUCGUCGUGAACGUCGCUCGGCUACCCAAACGACGAAACGCGGCGAGGAGCGUAAAUUGGGUCGCCAUUCGCGCUCCCGUUCCCGCUCGCAUAAAAAGCUGCGCACGCCCUCGCCGGCAAUCGUUAGACAGCGCACACGCUCGCCGGAGCUGGUGGUGCCGCCCAAGAAAACGACAGUUGCAGCGGCGCCCGCUUUCAAUCCCUUCAAGGCGGCCGAGGACACGGUCAACGAUAUAUUGGGCACCAAGUCGGUGAUGGUGGCGCUCGAGCAGACAAAACGCAAGCGUGCCGCAUCCAGUUCGAGCUCCUCCUCGGACAGCUCCAGUAGCAGCUCCUCGCACAGCGAGCCGGGCACGCCCACGCCCCGCAAGCAGCGGCGGCGCAGCCAAACACCGCCGGAGCAGCUAAAGCGUGAGCCAAGCAGCCCGAAGCGAGAGCGUGCCAAGAGCAGCCACGUGAAGCGCGAACGCUCGGGCACGCCCGCAAGGCCCAGGCCGUCGAAAAAGGAGAAGGAGAGGGAGAAGGAGAGGGAGAAAGAGAAGGACAAGGGCAACACGCCGAGUCCAAGACCGAGCAAACGGCGCUCGGGCAGCUCCAAUUCAUCGGAGCUGCAUUAUUCGCCAGCCGAGCACAAUCCCGAGCGCUAUCAGGACAUUGUCCAGGACAAGAAACGGCAGCAGUCCAAGUGCCGGGACACCAAGCCAGCGCCUGUGGUGCGUCUGCGCGCCCAAAGCGACGACGGCGGCAGCGAGCCGGAGACGAGUUCUGCGGCAACAGCACUCGACGAUUAUCAGCAGAGCAAGCGGGAGCGCGAGGAGCUGCAGGAGCUGCGCAUGCUCGAGCAGCUAAAGUCCGGCAUUGCGGCGAAGGCAAAGCAGAAAAUCCGUACGAUGGAGAAGAACGGAGAUGCAGCCAAGGAUGCGGAGGGCGGCAGCGAAGUAAGUGGCGAAUCUAUGCUGGUGCUGGCCACCAAACGUAAUUCGCUGAGUGAAUUUCUUGUUGCUAACAAUGUAACCGCUUUAAUUAACCCACUGACAACGGCGACAACAACAACAAUAACAACUACAACAACAACUACGACAGCAACAACAACAACAACAACGCCGCCGCCUGUAGCAGCUGGACCGGCGCUCGUCGAGCAGCCGCUGGCCGCAGCCGAGCCGGACAAAAGGGACACAAAUACGCCGCCCAUUUGCAAGGCGCCCCAAGUGGCUGCAAAUGGUGGCGCAGCAGUCCCAGCGACACAACAACUGCAACAACAACAACUGCAACAACAACAGCAACAACAACAGCAGCAACAACAUUUAACCCAACAACAACAAGCCAAAUUUAACCAUAGACCACAAACGAAGCGCGUCUUUCACAAUCGCACGCUGAAUAACAAUCCCAACAGUAGACACAAUACUAACAAUAACAAUAAUCAUGCAUGUGGUCCUGGUGGUGGUGGUCCUGGUGGUGGUGGUGGUCAUCUUCCGCCUGGUGCUGUUCCUCAUACUAAUCACAACAAUCCGAACAAUGCGCUGCCCUUUCUGGCCGGCACGCCCGGCACCUACAAUCGCACAACGAAUCGCCUCAAUCAUGGCCCCCUGCUGACCGCCACCCAUUAUAAUAUCUGCAAGAAUCAGCAUAACAACAAUGGGCUGCAGCCGCUGCUCAGCCGGCGGGAUCAGCAGCAGCAGCAGCAGCAUCAUCUGACGCGUAGUCUAAGCAUGUACAAUCCAAAUCUCUAUGGGCAUGGUUCGCAGCAUGCGCUGCUGGCAGCCGCUGCCGCCGCCGCCGCCGCCGCUGCCGGUGGCCAUCAUGUGCAUCAUCAUCAUCAUCAUGGCCGGCAUGCGGCGGGUCUGUUGUCAUUGGGUGGUGGCGGCGGCGGUGGCGUUGGUGGUGGUGCUGGCGGUGCCGGAGCUGCGGCCGCUGCUGCCGCAGCAGCGGGCCUGGCGCUGCUCGGCACACAUCCGUCGCAGCAUGGCCGGGGCUUCAAUGCGGCUGCAGCGGCCGCAGCGGUGGCCGCCAAUAGUAUUAGCUAUCAUCAUCAUCAUCAUCAGCAACAGAAACCGAAAAUUGUUAUAAAACCGUUCAAAAUUCACGAUCCACAGCCCUUAGUUGCGGCCCUGGCGGACAGCACACUGGUCGAUGCCAUCGUUUCCAAGGUAUCGACGGCAACGGUCGCCGCAGCGGAGAGCGCCGCGCGACGCAGCCGCAGCCGUUCGCGGCGCAGCGAUCACAGCCGCAGCAAACGGCGCACGAGCAACAGUCGGCAUCGCCAACGCUCCAGCAGCCGGUCCAGAUCUCGGUAUAGCUCGUCGAGCAGUCGCAGCGGCUCGUGCAGCUCGAGAUCGCGCUCCGGCUCGCAUUCGUCGCGCUCCAGUUGCUCGUCGCGCAGCAGCUCCGGCAGCUCCUCGAGCAGCGGCUCUGGCACAUCACAAUCCGGCUCACGUUCACCCUCCAUACCGCGACGCCGCGGCUCGCCCAGCUUCUUGGACAGACGCCGCAUAACUAGCGCGCGCAAGCGGCCGAUACCCUAUCAUCACCACAAGGCGUCCGGGGAGGGCAUCAACAACGGCGAUGGCGCCGAUCAUGUGGACAACGAUGCCUCCAGCUGCUGCUCCAGCUGCUUCAGCCGCGCCAGCUCGCCCUGCACACCCAUCGCCGGCACUCCGAUGCACAAUAGUCGAAGUCCGUCGGCGAUAGCCUUUUGAGUGUUAACAGAUUCGCUGCGCAAAAUGUGCGGCGAACUGUAAGUGAGCCGGAAACCCCCCAAAACACACCUACUCUAAGUAAACCCAACUAGUCAGAUAUAUAUAUAUAUAUGUAGUCGCAAUAUGCAAAACUAAACUCGAUACUUAAGCUAAUUGUUGUGCAUAGAGAGGACUCUUUUUUUAGACACAUUCCCUUCGAGACUAAGUUGUAAAGUUUGAUUUAGGCCAUUUCUUUGAAUUUAUUAGCUAAUUGACACAAUACUCGAAUAUACUUGGAUUACUCGCUAGUUGUAAGUUGCGUUUUUAAAUAAAUAUUAUUAUUAUUUGUUGCCAUUUCAAA